AUGUUUGGGAGAGCACCGAAGAAAAGCGAUAGUACGAGGUACUAUGAAAUCCUUGGUGUUUCUAAGAACGCGUCUCAGGAUGAUUUGAAGAAAGCUUACAAGAAAGCUGCUAUUAAGAAUCAUCCUGAUAAAGGUGGUGAUCCCGAGAAGUUCAAAGAGCUAGCACAAGCUUAUGACGUUCUGAGUGAUCCUGAGAAGCGUGAGAUAUAUGAUACAUAUGGUGAGGAUGCUCUUAAGGAAGGAAUGGGUGGUGGUGGUGGCGGCGGCGGCGGCCAUGACCCAUUUGACAUCUUCUCGUCUUUCUUUGGUGGUGGUGGCGGUGGUAGUAGCCGAGGACGGAGGCAGAGGCGUGGAGAAGAUGUUGUUCACCCUCUCAAGGUCUCUCUGGAGGAUCUUUAUCUCGGAACAUCUAAGAAGCUUUCUCUCUCGAGGAAUGUUUUGUGUUCGAAAUGCAGUGGCAAAGGUUCUAAAUCUGGAGCUUCCAUGAAAUGUGCUGGUUGUCAAGGAACUGGUAUGAAGGUUUCUAUUCGGCACCUUGGUCCAUCAAUGAUUCAGCAAAUGCAGCACCCUUGUAAUGAAUGUAAGGGCACUGGCGAGACUAUCAAUGAUAAAGAUCGCUGCCCACAGUGUAAGGGAGAGAAGGUUGUGCAAGAAAAGAAAGUACUUGAAGUUCAUGUGGAGAAGGGAAUGCAGAAUAGUCAGAAGAUUACAUUCCCUGGCGAAGCUGAUGAAGCACCAGACACAGUUACUGGGGAUAUCGUAUUUGUGCUUCAGCAGAAAGAACACCCAAAGUUCAAAAGAAAGAGUGAAGACCUUUUUGUAGAGCACACAUUGUCCCUCACUGAGGCUUUAUGUGGUUUCCAAUUUGUGCUUACUCACUUGGAUGGUCGCCAACUCCUUAUCAAAUCAAACCCUGGAGAAGUUGUCAAGCCUGAUUCAUUCAAGGCUAUUAAUGACGAGGGAAUGCCGAUGUACCAGAGGCCCUUUAUGAAGGGCAAGCUAUACAUUCACUUUACUGUGGAAUUCCCUGAGACUCUAAGUCCUGAUCAGGUGAAGGGUUUGGAGGCUGUUCUUCCAGCUAAACCUUCAUCACAGUUGACAGACAUGGAGCUUGAUGAGUGCGAGGAAACUACACUUCAUGAUGUCAAUAUGGAAGAGGAGACAAGGAGGAAACAGCAGCAACAACACGAGGCAUAUGAUGAAGAUGAUGAUAUGCCUGGCGGGGCACAGAGGGUACAGUGCGCCCAGCAGUAG